UCUACCUCCCACCCUCUCUCUCUCUCUCUAAAACUGUAUAAGCUUCUCUCUCUAGCUAGGGUACGGUGGUGGUGGUUGCAAUGGCGAAGGGCGGGCUGAGCAAGCUCAAGUGCAUGAUCAAGAGGUGGCACUCGUCGAGCAGGAUCUCCCGCACGCCGUCGGGGUGCUCGGCGUCGGCGGGGUCGACGUCGGCGCGCAGCUCGCACGGCGGCGGACGCGUCGGCGGGGAGGAAUGGGGGCGCAGCGUCGUGGCGAGCGGCGGCGGAGGGGGAGGAGGAGGAGGAGGGCGCGGCGGGUCGGUGUCGUUCCACGGCGCGGACGGCGUGCCCCCGGGGCUCCACCCGGUGUACGUCGGCAAGUCGCGCCGCCGCUACCUCAUCGCCGCCGACCUCGUCGGCCACCCGAUGUUCCAGAACCUCGUCGACCGCUCCGGCGGCGGCGGCGUGGGGGGCGGCGGCGGCGGCGGCACCGUCGUCGGCUGCGAGGUCGUGCUGUUCGAGCACCUCCUCUGGAUGCUGGAGAACGCCGACCCGCAGCCGGAGUCGCUCGACGAGCUCGUCGAGUACUACGCGUGCUGACCGCGCCUAGCUACCUGCGAUCGAGAAGACGGCGGCGGCGGCGAUGGCCGGCGUCGCCGAGCUCGCCGGAGUCGUCGGAGGCUUCUAGAAGGGGGUAAUUUGGUAAUUCGGUUUGUUCUUUUUUUUUUUGGUUCUUUCUUUGAGGUUAGGGGUAGAGUUGUAAUAUACGCCGAGCUACGAGGGCGAGUAGCGAAAUGUUUGGAGAUUUAGUUAACCUUGGGGUGUUUGUGGUAAGCUGGAGAUUAGCAGUGUAAUUACCGUCCACCCAAGGUAAAUGCUCUUUUGGAGCAGUUAAUUAAUUCUCUAAUGCUGGAUGUAAUAAUAGCUUGCUUCUUUUUUGUUCUUCUUCUUCUUCUUUUCCUGCUUAAUCUUAAUAAGAUUUUAGGGAUCAAUGUAUCCAUGUACUCUCCACCAUUGUAUAAACUUCAUGAUCAUCUCUUCUGAGAUUCCUCUUAAAUUCACUUGAAAUUCUUGGUUUGGUA